UCCCGCCCAGCCUAGGCCGAACUUCCGGCUCUCACUGCUAGAGGCUUAAGCGGAGGGGAGUCUAGCCAGCGUCGCCGCGAUGGUGUUGUUGGAGAGCGAGCAGUUCCUGACGGAGCUGACCAGACUUUUCCAGAAGUGCCGGACGUCGGGCAGCGUCUAUAUCACCUUGAAGAAGUAUGACGGUCGAACCAAACCCAUUCCAAAGAAAGGUACUGUGGAGGGCUUUGAGCCCGCAGACAACAAGUGUCUGUUAAGAGCUACCGAUGGGAAGAAGAAGAUCAGCACUGUGGUGAGCUCCAAGGAAGUGAAUAAGUUUCAGAUGGCUUAUUCAAACCUCCUGAGAGCUAACAUGGAUGGGCUGAAGAAGAGAGACAAAAAGAACAAAACUAAGAAGACCAAAGCAGCAGCAGCAGCAGCAGCAGCACCUGCCGCAGCAGCAACAACAGCAGCAACAACAGCAGCAACAGCAGCAACAGCAGCACAGUAAAGGGCAUACAUUUCCUGCUUUCACCAAUUAACCGCUGAAUUGCUAUUUUUUCCUUUUGGCCACAUAGCUAGGUUUCUGGUUCCCCCACAGUAGGUGUUUUCACAUAAGAUUAGGGUCCUUUUGGAAAGAAUAGUUGCAGUGUUUAUAGGAUAGUUGUGGUAAGAAUCUAGUUUAUUUUGCAUCUGGCUAAUUGGUCUGUGCUGCAUGGUUAUAUACUCCUGGAUUAUAGAUUAAAAGUCUCUGUAGACAUCUCUGUGAAGAGCAAGCUAUCAUUAAACAUGUCUGUUUAUCAGCA